GUCGACUAUGAUUUUUCUUUCCUCAACACAACACGCACACUUAACUCACGCGCUCAAAUCUCAAUCUACUUUUUUCUUUAUGAUGACUCAAAAAAUCUCAAUCUACUUAUUACUAAUAAUUAAUACCACUCCUCCACUUAUUUUGGCUUCCUUAUUAGUUUAGAAUAAUAAUAAUAAUAAUAACAAUAAGUAAUUAAAAUGUUGCAGCUUUUGUAUGCGGUGAUAUUUGGGGAAAUGGUUAUGAUAAUGAGUUUUUUAUUCAAGACUCCGAUGAGGAAGCUUGUAAUAAUCGCUUUGAAUAAGGUGAAGCGAGGUCGGGGACCCGCCGUUGUUAAAACCGUCGCCGCCACGUUGGUGCUGAUGCUGGCUUCAUCACUCUACACUAUCUUCAACAUUCGGUAUCGUUCCCUUCAAGCUCCAAUUCUUAAUCCCACCGACCAACUCAUUUUGUCCUAUCACAUUCUUCAAGCUUCUCUUUUCGGGUUUGUUCUGUUCAUGUCUGUGAUGUUAAAUAGAUUGCAUCAUUACAUAAGAGAGUUUAGGGCUCUGAGGAAGACUGUGGAGACAGCAAAGAAACAAAAUCGAAGUUUUGAGAACAAUAAAAACAACAAUGAAGUGGAGCACAAGGCCUUGAAGGAAGAACUUGAUGCAUUCAAAUCCAAAGUUAAGAAACUGGAAUUUGAAUGUGAGGCUCUUAAGAUGCAAUCUGAAGGGUUUCUUUUGGAAUAUGAUCAUCUCUUGAUAGAUAAUCAAAAUCUUAGGAAUUUGUUGGGAGGGUAUAGGACAUAAAUCUUCCUAUGUUGAUGACAAAAUGAGUGUGUAAAAUGGUUUAAUUUAGAUGUCUGUCUAAGUAGGGCUUGUUUGCAAGAUUAUAGUUAUUGGUUACAAUUUCAUAUACAUAAAAGUGUAUAAAAGAGGAGAAAGAUGCUAUGUUAUAUUUAAAAAGCAGCUUGAUAUAUUUACUGAUAUUAUUAUUAGAGCA